GUUCUUCCAGUUAAUCGUCGCGUUGUCAGGAGACGAUUAACAGUUGGGAUAAAGGUUAACAAGUUCGGAGUGGGAGCGAACUUGCGAAGUCGGCGAAAAUUCCCUUUACUUUUUCAGAAGAAUGUUCACCAGCAUGGAUACAGACUGAGGAAACUUGUAUAAAGUGAUAAAUUCCGCAUAGGAAAAGUUCUGAUAAAGAUUUUUCGUAAGCAACUGUCGUACUGUUUAUCAUCUUGCUCAACACUCCAAGGUCGAGGUUUCUGGUUACUAUAAAAGGAACGUGCUCCUCACCUCUCCGCUUCCUGAACAGUUUGCUUCAUACAGAGCGAUGGCACCUAAUAGAAAACCUGAAAUUAAAUACACUCAGAUUUUUAUCAAUAAUGAGUGGAGAAAUUCUCUGAGUGGAAAAGUUUUUCCAACAGUCAAUCCAAGUACAGGUGAAAAGAUAUGUGAUGUUCAAGAAGGUGAUAAGGGAGAUAUCGAUCUUGCUGUGAAAGCUGCUAGGGAAGCUUUUAAGUUGAAUUCACCAUGGAGAACUUUGGAUGCUUCAAAAAGAGGUCUUCUUCUAAAUAAGUUUGCAGACUUGUUAGAGAGAGACAUUGAAUAUUUGACUAGUUUAGAAACUUUGGAUAAUGGCAAACCUUAUAAGUGUGCUUAUGGAGAUAUUUUGUUCAGUAUUAACGUUAUACGUUACUAUGCCGGUUGUAGUGAUAAGGUUCACGGAAAAACAAUUCCUGCUGAUGGUGAUGUAGUUUCUUUUACUCGACUUGAGCCAAUGGGUGUAUGUGGUUGUAUCAUUCCUUGGAAUUAUCCAAUAUUGCUCUUCAGUCAGAAAGUUGGACCAGCUUUAGCAGCAGGAAAUACAGUUGUUAUAAAACCUGCCGAACAAACUCCAUUAACUGCUCUGUAUUGUGCUAGUCUGUUAAAAGAAGCAGGUGUUCCUCCAGGUGUUGUUAACGUUGUACCUGGAUAUGGUCCCACUGCUGGAGCCGCACUAUGUUAUAACAUAGAUGUUGACAAAAUUGCAUUUACUGGAUCAACAGAAGUUGGCCACUUGAUACAACAGGCAGCUGGUGCUACAAAUAUAAAACGCGUUACAUUAGAGAUGGGUGGAAAGAGUCCUUUGGUAAUAUUUGCUGAUGCUGAUUUGGAUGAAGCAGUUAGAUUGGCGCACGAAAUGGUGUUUGUUAAUCAAGGUCAAUGCUGUUGUGCAGCUACAAGAACAUAUGUUCAAGAAGAAAUUUAUGACGAGUUUGUGAAACGUAGCACAGAAUUGGCACUGAAACGUUCUGUUGGUGAUCCAUUUGAUGAUAACACUGAGCAAGGACCUCAAAUUGAUGAAAUUCAAUAUAAAAAGAUUUUGGAUCUGAUCAAAUCUGGCCAAAAUGAAGGAGCAAAGUUGAAUUGUGGCGGAGAAUGUUUAGGAAGCAAAGGAUACUUUAUCAAACCGACCGUCUUUUCUAAUGUUUCUGACAAUAUGAGAAUAGCAAAGGAAGAAAUUUUUGGUCCUGUUCAACAGAUAUUAAAAUUCAAAACUCUGGAAGAGGCUCUCACCAGAGCUAAUGAUACCACUUAUGGAUUAGCAGCUGGAGUAUUGACAAAAAAUAUUGACACAGCUAUGACAUUUGCUCAAGGUGUUCAAGCUGGAAGUGUCUGGGUAAAUUGCUAUCUUCAUGCAACACCACAAACACCAUUUGGAGGAUUUAAGAUGUCUGGUAUUGGACGAGAAAUGGGAUUUGACAGCAUGAUGGAAUAUCUGGAAACCAAAACUGUGACUAUCAAAAUACCAAAGAAGAAUUCUUAAAAUGUUGUGUUCUGAAAUAAAUCUUUGAUAUUUUUUUUGGAAAAAUACUAAAUAUUCAAAUUUUGAAUAAAAUAAAUAUUUUCAUUUAAAGCAAGUA